AUGGCCACAACCACAAUUGAAGUGAUCUCCGACCCAAUAUGCUCGUGGUGCUUCCUAGCUCAUCGCGUGCUCUUGAAAGCCGUUCAACUCUAUCGCCGCACAGUUCCUAAUGGAUCUGCCGACCACUUCAACAUAAUAUACCUCCCUUACUACCUUCUCGACCCUGCAACUCCGCUCGCAGACAAGCAAGAACUCAAAGAUCAGUCACGAAACCCUCGAAAUCGAGACCGGGCAUACACCCGUAUUACACAGAUUGGGCGCGCCUACGGUAUUUCAUUCAAUUUCUCCGACGGCAAAAUCGGCGGCACGAGGGAAGCGCAUCGAUUGAUUCAAUUAGCACAAAGUCGGCAGAGUAGAGAAGUCAGAGAUCGUAUCUUAGAAGGCAUUUUCAGUGCCUUCCAUGAGAAAGCUUUAGAUAUUACGGAUUGGGACGUUCUACGGUCAAUUGCUAUUGGAGCAGGCAUGCAGGCUAAGGAAGUGGAUGAGUGGAAAGACGAUAAGAAUAUCGGUGCUGAGCAGCUUGACUUUGAGCUAGGAAGGGCCCGAGAGCUGGUGGAUGACGCCGAUACUCGAGGUGUGCCGGUUGUUUUGGUGCAGGGAAAGUACAGGUUUGAUGGAGCGCCGGAUGUUGCGGAGUUGCUAGAGGCUUUUUCGAGUAUCAAGAACGGCAAUGAUGAGGUCCAGAAUCACACUAGCGCUGGUCAAUGUUAA